UUUUCAUUUCAUUCAAUUUCUCAAAUCACAUCCACUCUCUCUUUCUCUCAUCGCCUGCGCUUGUUAAGCUAAAGCACGAAAGCAUAUAGGUGGGAUUCACUUUUGAUUAGUAUCAUUCAUUCUUUCUCGGAAAGAGGCAAGAUAGCCUUCGAAAAGACGAAAAGAAAGUGUUGAAGCCAGUCAUUUCGAUUAACAUUUUUGAUCUUGGAGUCUUCCACUUCUGAUUUGAGCAAUGGGAAAGAGGAAAUCAUCAGCAAAGCCAGUUCCAAAGAAGCGGAUGGAUAAGCUUGACACUGUCUUCAGCUGCCCUUUCUGCAAUCACGACGCCAGUGUCGAAUGCCGAAUUGAUAUGAAGAACUUGAUAGGGGAAGCUUCUUGCAGGAUUUGCCAAGAGAGCUUUAGCACUACUGUCACAGCUUUAUCUGAACCAAUAGACAUAUACAGUGACUGGAUUGAUGAAUGUGAACGGGUGAACAACCCGGAAGAUGAUGGUGCUUAGUAGUGCGAUUAUAAGAAUCCAUUUCGAGCAGUAGCGGAUGGAAAAUUCUGUAUUUGUGUCAGCUCCUACUGGUGCAACUACAUGUUUUGUUCCUAUAUUACUCUCUAAAGUAGCGUUUGAUUUGAGGUAUUGGGACAGAGACUGGGAGAUUGAGACUCAGUAUUAUGUUUGUUGGUUCAGAGACUGGUAUUUAAAUUUCUGUCUCUGUCCCUAAAAUUUCAGUAUUUCAAUACCUCCAAAAAGUGGGGAUACAGGAGACUGAAAUUUUUAGAGACGAAAACUGAAACUUUAAUAAUAUUUUAUACCUAAAAUACCCUAUUUCAAUUAAUUAAUCUAAUUUUACCUUUUGUACA